AUGGCUCCCGCUCCCAUUGACUCGCGCAUUGUUGACGUUGCGCCGCCCCGGAAGGAUACUCUGGGCCUCCCCGGGUCUGCGCGAGAGCGUCUGGAGAAGGCGGGCAUCGAUCUAAGUGCAGGAUACCCCUAUCGGCCCUCGCGUCCGCUCUAUUCGGACGAUGUGUAUAAUGUGCGGGACUAUGAUCGCCCUCACGUAGAGCCCGGCAGCCGAGCCGACCCCGAAAAGAAAGCCCUUCUGUCCGCUGCCAAAGAAGUCAUCCCGUUGACCAGGCACAUUGGAACUGAGAUCGUCGGCCUUCAGCUGAAGGAUCUGACCGAUCAGCAGAAGGACGAGCUGGGCUUGCUGAUUGCCGAACGAAGUGUGGUCUUUUUCCGCGAUCAGGAUAUCACGCCUCAGCAGCAGAAAGAACUGGGAGAGUGGUUUGGCGAGAUCGAGGUUCAUCCACAAGUGCCCCAGGUGCCUGGUGUCGCAGGAGUGACUGUGAUCUGGCCUGCAUUACAAGCAACCGAGACGCCAGCCAGCUUCCGUCGACCGGGAGGUUCGUCCCGAUGGCACACUGACCUCGUUCACGAGCGACAGCCCGCCGGAGUGACACACUUGCAUAACGACACGGUGCCAACUGUGGGUGGAGAUACUCUCUGGGCCAGCGGAUAUUCAGCAUAUGAGAAGUUGUCGCCGCUGUUCCGCAAGUUUAUCGACGGCAAGACGGCUAUUUACCGAUCCGCUCAUCCCUACCUGGACCGCAAGAACCCCGAGGCUGGGCCCAAGUUUGUGGAGCGUGAGCACCCGAUCGUCCGCGUCCACCCUGCCACCGGAUGGAAGGCACUUUGGGUCAACCGCGCCAUGACGGACCGCAUCGUGGGACUCGAUAAGGCAGAAAGUGACGUGAUCUUGGGAUAUCUGUUUGAUGUGUAUGAGAAGAACCCCGACAUCCAGGUUCGCUUCAAGUGGAGUCCCCGGACGAGCGCACUAUGGGACAACCGAAUCACAAUCCACAAUGCAAGCUGGGACUACGAGGGGUCACAGCCGAGACAUGGGACCCGGGUAACCGCGCUUGCAGAAAAGCCGAUUUUCGACCCGAAAGCACCCACGAGACGGGAGAAGUUGGGGCUGCUGGGACCCGAAGAGAUUGAAGAAUUGCAGAAGCUGAGCAGCCUGGGGCUGGAGUGA